AACUUGGUCGAAAAACUAUGCUAGUGGCCACAUGCCUUUAAAGGAAUGCACCCAUUGCCUGGCAAGUAAAAGACCCGGGUGGCCGGGUUCGAUUCCCGGCGGGGGAACUUCGUUAUUUUUUCUAAGUUUCUGGUUUUUUUUCAAAGUUUUGUUUUAAUAUUUUAAUAUUUUUUUUAUCAUAUUUUGUAUCUAAAAUUUAUUUUAUAAAAUUAUUAUCACAUAAAAUUAAAAGCAUUAAAUUAUAUUCCUAAAACUGUUUAUAUUUUUUACCUUUAACUGAUAUCUGACUAGUUUUAUGUAAACCAAAAUCACUGUUGUCAGUAAAAUUGGAAAAAUUGUCUCUUAAAAUGCCACUAGCUAAACUGACGGAAUCUGAAAAAUAAUGAAAAUCAAUUAAUUAAUUGCAAAAAAUUUCUUAUUUUUUACUAAAUGUACUAUGAAUUUUACUUUUCUUUGGUGCAUGGCUUGCUUGACCUAAACCAAAAUCAUUGAUUACAUUAUCAGAAAAGUUUGGAGAUUUCUGUCAACUUAAUUUCAUAAUCAGGUGAACUCGUCGACUGACAUGAUCUUGAAAAAAAAAAAAAUGUUAUUUUUUUGUCACGAAAAAAAAUUAAUUUUUUAAAAAAUCAGCUUGACUGCAGUUUUUACUAUGUGCGCAAGUAUUCUCACGCAUAACCUUAUAUAUCAACCGAGGUAUUUUAGUUUCGCACAAUAAAAAAAAUUGACUUGCAAUUUUCCAAAUUAUCGUGUAUUUUGUAAAUCGAGAAGAAACUUUCGGUAAUGAAAUUCCUUUGAGUUAGUUCUCUUUACCCUCACCUCCAGUAAACAGUAAAAUAUCCCAUUAGAUCUAGCGGAUUAUCAAAUUUCUAUAAAAAUGUAAAACUGCGACCUUGGAAAAUUUGAAAUCAUCACUCGUAAAUAGCAAAAAAAAGCCGUAAUCUCUGGUAGUUGCCCUGACAAAGUGACAAGGCCAAGAGUGGUUAUUACAUUGUCAAACAAUGGCAGCCAAUCCAAAUAUUGAUACUCAAUAUUUUUAUGAGGAUGUUGUCUAUCGUGCCGACAAAUGUGGAAAUGUUCAAUUUGGUAUUGUCAUGGAAAACGACGAUCAAGAAUUGUCAGAUCAAAACUCUGAUAAUGAUGAAGGCACUAAACGAAAAAAAGGAGAAGUUCAAGUUGUCUGGCAUCCAACUGGUGUUGAAGAAUCGAUCAGCUCCAAAAAAGUACAAUUAGCAGACAGAACACUGAUGCCUGGUGAUGUUGUCAGGAGGAUGAUUAAAGGAAAAGAUACUCAACGUGGGUAUUGCAGAGAUAUUGAACUGACAGCAUGUGUUCAAGUAAUUGGUACGAAAAAAGUUUUGAAAGAUAUUCGCAGUGAAGAUUUGGCACCAUUAGAGGAAUUUGGCACUGACAUAGCUGUUUGCAUGGAUUCUUGGGUUGGCGGUAUACGUAUGGUACAUUUUAAGUUAUGGCUUGCAACACCAGAUGGAUCACAUUGUGUUAUUAAUGAAAUGGAUGCCCAAGGACUUGCACAUUUUGAAGAACGUCGUGAAAACGAUAAUGAUUUUCCUCAUUCAUCAGAAUUUUAUCCAGGUCAAUGUCUAUGGGGGCCAAUACAAUAUCUUGAAGAUGCAAACUGGAUAACAUGUACAAAAGAAAUGUUAACAAAACGUAAAACUAAACCACAAAAAAAAACAAAAGUUAUUGUACAAAAAGUUGAAGCUGAUUGGGUUGGUGUACAUUGGCAAUGUCGUGGAUAUUCAAAAGAUGGUACAUGGCCAGAUCAAGUACAGCCCAAAUUUCUUGUUCAAAAUGAAAAUUUAAAAAAAUUGAAAUUAUUAAAUAUAUUUGAACCAUUAACAUUACAAGUAGGUGAUCGUAAUUUUUAUAUAUUAAAAAAUGAUGAUACUAUUAUAACACGUGAACAGUGGAAAAAAGAGCAAAGACAAUAUUAUCAAAUACCAAAACAAAGUCCACGUAAGUCUCGUAUUAAAAUAAUUGAUAAUAAAAUAAAAGAUGAAAAAGAUUUAAAAAUUAAUCAAUUUGAUGAUACAAAAAAAAAUUCAAAUACAUAUAAAAAUAAUGAUAAUAAUGCAUUAAAUUUGCCAAUUGAUAAUAAUGAUAAUUCAGAUAAUUGGGAAUCAGAUGAUACAUAUUCACAAAGUGAUACAGCAUCAACAAUGUCAAGUGGUGGUUCAAGUAUGUCAUCAGUUGGAAAUAAAAAAAAAAAAAGACCAGCAUUAAUGACAAAAGUGUUAAAAAAAAAAAAACUAAUAAAGGCUAAAAAAAAGUUACCUCAAAUACCAUUAAUAAUUGGUGAUAAAAUUGUUGUUGAAACAUUAUCAACAAAUACAAAAGCAACUGUUGUUUGGCAAGAUGGUUCAGUUGAAAAAAAUAUACCAUCAACACAAUUAUAUCCAAUACAUCAUCUUGAUGAUAAAGAAUUUUUUCCUGGUGAUUUUAUAGUUGAUCAAAAAGAUGAUGAAUCACGAAUUUAUGGUGUCGUACAAUCAGUUGAUCAUCAAGGUAGAACAGCAAAAAUUAAUUAUUUCAAAACAUAUACAUCAACACAAUGUCCACAACCAGUAUUUAUUGAUAAACGUGAAGUAUCUGUUUAUGAUCUAAAAGAUCAUCCAGAUUUUCAAUACCGCCCUGGUACAUUAGUCAUUAGAAUUGCUAAUUUUCAUGAUGAUUGUAGUUGUACUGCUGGACAAGUAUUAGAUAACUAUCCUGAGGGUAGAGUCAAAGUAUGGUGGGUCGAUGGAUAUAUAUCAAUGUGUUGGCCACAAGAUUUAUAUAAAGUUGGUGAAUAUGAUUCAGACGAUGGUGAAGUGUGGGACGAUAAUUCUUCAGAUGAAUCAUGGGAGACUGAAAUCGAAGAUUGUUUUAUUGCUGAUAAUGAAAUUUGUGAAAAAUCUGAAAAUAUUAAACCAAAACUAUCAGUACACAUUGAAAAAGCUAGAAUCGCAAUGUCAAGAUUAGAAGAAAUAUUCACACUAAAUCCAUCGUUACAAACAACUGAUGUUAUGCGACGCUUAUUAGAAGUCUAUAAAGAUUGUAGGUAUAUGGAUAAGUUAAUGGGUACGUCAUUUUUUCAUGAAAGUCAUUUUCAAGGUUUAUUAGAAAGAGUAAGAGAACGUGGUAGAGCCAAUGUUGCCCAACGAAUAACUGAUCAAGUUACACGAUUAUUCAAUCAUCAAUUAAUAAGCUCAGAAUCACUUGAGAAUUCAAUUGGCCAUGCAUCAAAUCAAGAUAAUAACAAUACAAGUAUGGAAACAACAGUUGGUGCAAUCGACAGAACUACAAUAAACGUUAAUAAUACCGGUGAAACAUCAUCCAAUAAAAUUCCAAAAGUAAUAACUAUAAAAUCAGAAAGUUAUGAAAAAACAUUUUUACCAAAAAAAUCUAAUAAUAAUACUGCCAAAAUUAAUGAUAAAAAUAUUGAAGAUUUAGGUCAUUAUUCAGCUGAUAUUUCGAAAAAAGAAUGUUUGAGUUUUAGUAACUCAAGUAGUAAAUUCCAUUCGCAUGAAGAUGAUUUACCAAAUAAUCGUAAAGAAUUAAAUGAUUUAUUUAUAAAUAGUUAUGAUAUUGGUACUUCUCAUGUUUGUGUGAAAUUAUGUACCCUUAUAAAAGCUCAACUACUCUUAGCACAUGCUGAAGUAUCAAAAAGAUUUGGAUUAGGAAAAAUAGCAUUGACUGAUGCUGUUCUUGGUACAAUUAUAACAACAACACCAACACCAACAACAACAACAACAACAACAACGACGAAAGCUCCCAAAACAUUAACACCAACAUUUGAACACGAUUGUAAAUCUAGAACAAAUGAUAAUAGUAAUAGUGAUGAACGUGUUGCUGAUAUACCAUUACAAGUUUAUUUAGAUGGUGAAGGUUUUACAUUUGAUGAAUGUGCACCAGAUUAUCAUAAGUUCAAAUUAACAAUGUUUCAACCAACAGAUCCAUCAAAUUUUUUCCGAACAGUAUCAAAAGAAAUAAAAUUAUUACGAAAUAGCUUACCACCAGGUGUUUGGGUAAAAGGUUUUGAAGAUAGAAUCGAUUUGUAUUCUAUCAUGUUCAGAGGUCCUGAAAAAACACCAUAUGAAGAUGGCUUAUUUUUAUUUGAUUUUCAAUUGACAGCUGAUUAUCCUUCAGCGCCACCACUAUGUCAUUAUAUAUCAUACUGCAAUGAUCGUCUUAACCCAAAUUUAUAUGAAGAUGGUAAAGUUUGUGUAAGUUUACUUGGUACUUGGGCUGGACGUGGAACUGAAUUAUGGACGAAUGCAUCAACAUUAUUACAAGUAAUUGUGUCAAUACAAGGAUUAAUAUUAGUUUCCGAGCCAUAUUUUAAUGAGGCUGGUUUCGAUAAACAAAAAGAAUCACAACAAGGAAAGGAAAAUUCAAGAAUGUAUAAUGAAAUGGUUGUUUUAAAACUUGUGCAAGCACAAACAAAAUUGAUACAAAAUCCACCAAUUAUAUUCAAAAAUGAUAUUAUUAAACAUUUUGAGAAAUAUUCGUUGGGAUUAUUGAGAAAAUUGGAACUGUGGAUCGAAAUAUCAGAAAGGCAUAAUAACCAACAUGCUUUGUCACCACUAACACCGACAACUUUUAAAGACUUUUCAAAAAUUGAUGAAAAAAUUAUUCCUCAGUUUCCCCUUGUCCCGGCAUCUCGAGGAUUUUGCAUAAGUCUUUACAAGACACUGGCAACCUUCAAGCAAGUUCUUAUCACGAAAAAUAUAAUUUCAGAUAUUAAAUUAGAUAGUAAUUCAUCAGAAACUGAAAAUAUUUUUAAAAUACCAGUAACAACAAAAAACUUGAUUACUCAAGAACAGAUCAGUCACUCAACUGAUACAAAAAAGGAUAAAUCUAGCUAGCUACAAGGUAAAUUAACACGUACUAUUACAAAACUAUCGUGAUAACUUGGUAAUACUUAUUGUUAUUGAAUUGUAUUAUUAUUACUAUUAUUAUCUAAAAAUUUUAAGAAAACUAUAUAAACAAAGGUGAGAUAAAUUAUCUCGUAAAAUACGACUAUCAAAUCCGAUUUUGUCAAAUACCUGGAGAUUUCGUUAAUAAAUGUUAAUAAAUGAAAUUAAAAAAAAAAUACAAUAUUACUUAGUAAAACACUCCUGUGUAUGUAGACUCAAUAGAUUAUAAAUCUAUAGACUAAACAUUCGAUCAACUUCUUUAGAUAAAUUACUUUCAAUUAUUUAAAGAAUAUCUCGAUGUGAUUCUUUAAUAUUGUAGAAAUAUUUCGAGGAAAAUAUGUUGUACUGUAGUAUUUUCGAUGUUACAUAUGGAUAUGUAUGUCAUUUUUAUCAUACUGUUACAUAAAAUUUUUUAUAAAUUUUAAUCAACCAGAUGAUGAUGAAAUGUAGCUAAAAAUAUAAUUUGGAGGAUAUGUCCUCAAUCACAUAAUUAAACCCUGGUAGAAAUAUUUCUCCGACUUUUUUCCAACUUUUCUCCGCCAUUUCUCCACCUCUUUACGAAAAUGACCCAAAUUUGUCCGCCAUUUUUCCAACCAAAAAUUUACUCCAACUUUUUUCCGCCAUUUCUCCAACCUGAAAUUUACUCAAACUUUUUUCCAACUUUUCUUCAACCAAAAAUUUACUCCAACUUUUUUCCAACUUUUCUCCAACCAUGGCUCAUUUUCGUAAAAAGGUAAAGAAAGUUGGAAAAAAGGCGGAGAAAGUUGUAAAAAGUUGAAGAAAUAUUUCUACCAGGGAAAAUUUUAAAAAUAUGGUGAUAUCUACGAAAAGUUUCAGGACGACAAAACAAGACGAUGAAUAAAUCUAAACAUUAUUCGUUUGACAGUUCUAAUUUUGAAACUUGCGUUAUUGAAAUGAAAACAAUAUCAGCUUAAAAAAAGUUAUAAAAAUUAGCCAAUAUAAGCAAAUAUAAAUUUAAAGAAGUUCUGUUAUUUGCAAAUAUAGGUCACAUUAUUAUUAAAAGAAAAUUUAAGUUUUAGUGCACUGGAUUUUUCAGCAAUAAAAAAUGUUUAACUAACGUUUACAUGAUAACUCUAAAAAAAAAACAUUUUUAAAUAAUUUAUUUGCAUUUUAAAGAGAUAAACGUGGCCUCAUUUGUACUGAUCAAAGAAAAUUUGUACCCUGAAUAACAAAGUAUUGUAAAUUGACAAUCUGGAAUUUUUUUUAAAAUUAUCAUUGAAGUACAUUUUUUGCUCUCGUUGAUGCAAAUUCGCCCACAUUUAUCUCUUUGAGAUGGAAAAAAAUUAUUUAAAAAUAUAUAUUUUUGGAAGCACUAUGCACUUGUGAAUCACGCUGCCGAUAUUUUGUUUUUUUUUUUUUUUCAAAGUAAGUAAAGUGAAAAUUUACGUCACAUAUUGUCCAAUUUUCAUACUGCUGAAGUUUGAGUACAUAUGUGUAAAAUUGAGUUAAAAAAAAUCAACAAUAAUUGAAUUUUGAAUUAGUACUGAGGAUAUAUAUAAAUAUAAAUUUGUGCAUCUUGUAAUUUGGGGACAAAUUCAUCGAUAUAGCAAUGAAUUCGAGGACUAUCCCCAAA